AGAAAACCCUACAUUAGACCUCUCACACUGAUAUAAACGUUAAGCUUCGAAAUUUCUCUUCUUCGCCGGCAAAACCCUUCAAAAAUCCCCACACUUUUCCUUUCUCAGCGAAAAUGGCCGCCGGUGCCGUUCGCCCUCUAGUCACCGUCCAAUCACUGGCAGGUGAUACGAGCACAGAUCAAGCCACAACUUUACCUCUCCCCGAUGUAAUGAAAGCGCCGGUUCGCCCCGACGUCGUGAACCAUGUCCACGCUCAGAUCUCGAACAACAGUCGGCAACCAUACGCCGUCUCGAAGCGUGCCGGUCACCAGACCUCCGCCGAGUCUUGGGGUACAGGACGUGCUGUAUCUCGUAUCCCUCGUGUUCCCGGGGGCGGUACUCACCGCGCAGGUCAAGCGGCGUUCGGAAACAUGUGUCGCGGUGGUCGAAUGUUUGCUCCAACUAAGCCCUAUCGUCGCUGGCACCGUCGCGUCAAUGUCAAUUUGAAAAGACACGCGAUCGUCUCCGCGAUCGCCGCGACCUCCGUUCCUGCUCUCGUUAUGGCUCGUGGUCACCGGAUCGAGAGUAUCCCGGAGUUGCCGUUAGUGAUUAGUGAUUCGGCCGAGUCUGUGGAGAAGACGAGCGAUGCGAUCAACGUUUUGCAGCAGAUCGGUGCUUUCCCUGACGCUGAGAAGGCUAAGGAUAGUAUUGGGAUUAGGUCUGGUGUAGGUAAAAUGAGGAACCGUAGGUACAUUUCUCGUAAAGGUCCUUUGAUUGUUUAUGGAAAUGAAGGAGCUAAGUUAGUGAAGGCGUUUAGGAACAUUCCUGGGAUUGAUCUGUGUUAUGUUGAGAGGUUGAGUCUGCUUAAAUUAGCUCCUGGUGGUCACUUGGGAAGAUUCGUUGUGUGGACUAAAUCGGCUUUUGAGAAGUUGGAAUCUGUGUAUGGUUCGUUUGAGAAGGCGUCGGAGAUGAAGAAAGGAUACGUUUUGCCUCGUCCUAAGAUGGUUAAUGCUGAUCUCGCGAGGAUUAUUAACUCUGAUGAGGUGCAGAGUGUGGUUAGACCUAUUGAGAAAGAUGCGAAGAGAGCUGUGUUGAAGAAGAAUCCUCUCAAGAACUUGAAUGUGAUGUUGAAGCUUAACCCUUAUGCGAAGACUGCGAAAAGGAUGUCUCUGUUGGCGGAAGCUGAGAGGGUUAAGUCCAAGAAGGAGAAGCUCGAGAGGAAGAGGAAACCCAUCACAAAGGAGGAAUCAGCCAAGAUCAAAGCAGCAGGAAAAGCUUGGUACCAGACUAUGAUAUCGGAUAGUGACUACACAGAGUUUGAUAACUUCACCAAGUGGCUCGGUGUCGAACAAGGACAGAACAACAGAAGAACCGAAGUCAAUGUUGGUGUUGUAACAGAUGUUGGGAUAAUGCAUUCGAACAUCGAAAUGCUCUGCAUCAACUUGUCUCUUUCCGAUUUCUAUUCUUCUCGUCCCCAGUUUCAGACAAGGCUUGUCGUCACCAUCGGUGACUCCAAAGACGACGUCGUUGGUGCUGCAGCUGCAGCUCUUGAGUUGAUAAAGAACAAGCAAGUGAAAGCGAUUGUAGGGCCAUGGACAUCUAUGCAAGCUCAUUUCAUGAUCGAAAUUAGCCAAAAAUCACAGGUUCCGCUUGUUUCCUACUCUGCAACAAGCCCAUUUCUUACUUCUCUCCGUAGUCCAUACUUCUUUCGUGCAACCUACGAAGACUCUUUUCAAGUAAACGCCAUCAAAGCUAUCAUCAAGUUGUUUGGAUGGAGAGAAGCCGUUCCUGUUUACAUCGACAACACUUUUGGAGAAGGUAUAAUGCCUCGUCUCACCGAUGCGUUACAAGAGAUCAACGUCCGGAUACCUUAUAGAUCCGUUAUCGCUCGCAAUGCAACGGAUGAUGAAAUCUCUGUGGAGCUUCUUAAGAUGAUGACCAUGCCAACAAGAGUCUUUAUUGUCCACAUGUACACUGCUCUUGCCACAAGAUUCUUCAUUAAAGCUAAGGAGAUUGGUUUGAUGAAACCGGGAUACGUUUGGAUCCUUACUAAUGGAGUUACCGAUGAUUUAAGUUUGAUAGACGAGAUUGGAAUCGAGGCUAUGGAGGGAGUAAUAGGUAUCAAGACUUACAUUCAGAAAUCUAAAGAUCUUGACAAGUUUAAAGCUCGAUGGAGAAAGAGAUUCCCACGGUUGGAGCUGAGUGUCUAUGGAUUAUGGGCUUAUGAUGCUAUCACCGCACUGGCGAUAGCCAUUGAAGAAGCUGGAACAAAGAACUUGACUUUCAGUAAUGCGAAUGUUGGGAGAAAUGUGUCAGAACUUGAAGCUCUUGGUUUAUCUCAAUACGGUCCAAAGCUUCUCCAGACACUCUCGAGAGUUCAGUUCGAAGGACUUGUAGAGGAUUUCCGCUUUGUCAACGGGCAACUGCAACCAUCAGUGUUCGAGAUUGUUAACGUGGUCGGAACCGGAGAAAGAUCAGUAGGUUUCUGGACAGAAGAAAAUGGUCUAGUGAAGAAACUAAACCAGCAACCUCAGAGCAAGAGCGCUUUAUCUACUUGGAAAGAUCAUCUUAAGCAUGUUAUAUGGCCUGGAGAAGCUGAUUCUGUUCCAAAAGGAUGGGAGAUACCGACGAACGGGAAGAAGCUGCGCAUAGGAGUCCCAAAGAGAACCGGUUACACGGAUCUCGUGAAGGUCACAAGGGAUCCUAUCACCGAUUCACCAGUAGUCACAGGCUUCUGCAUAGAUUUCUUUCAGGCUGUGAUUGGAGCAAUGCCUUAUGACGUCUCCUAUGAAUUCUUUCCUUUCGAGACACCCGAUGGUAAAGCAGCCGGUAACUACAAUGACUUGGUCCACCAAGUGUACCUCGGGAGAUAUGAUGCAGUUGUGGGAGAUACUACAAUACUGGCGAAUAGGUCCUCUUAUGUCGAUUUCACAUUUCCGUUCGUUAAAUCAGGCGUGGGACUGAUCGUCCCAAUGGAAGACUUAGUGAAGAGAGACAAAUUCAGUUUCUUGAAGCCUUUGUCAUGGAAACUAUGGUUGACUUCUUUUGUCUUCUUCUUCCUUAUUGGCUUUACUGUUUGGGCUGUUGAACAUAGAGUUAAUCCGGACUUCCGUGGACCGGCUAAUUACCAAGCUAGUACCAUCUUCUGGUUUGCUUUCUCUACCAUGGUUUUUGCUCCAAGAGAAAGAGUGUUCAGCUUUGGAGCUAGGCUUCUGGUUAUCACAUGGUACUUCAUCGUUCUUGUGUUGACUCAGAGCUACACAGCUAGCUUGGCGUCUCUUUUGACAUCACAGCAACUAAAUCCAACUAUAACCAGCAUGAGUAGCUUGCUUGAGAGAGGAGAAACAGUUGGUUAUCAGAGAACAUCAUUCAUCCUUGGAAAGCUUAAAGAAGCAGGUUUCUCACAGUCUAGCCUUGUUCCCUUUGAUACUGCAGAAGAAUGCGAUGCACUUCUGAAGAAAGGACCCAAAAAAGGAGGUGUCUCUGCAACUUUCUUGGAAAUACCUUACUUGAGACUCUUUCUUGGACAAUACUGCAACACUUAUAAAAUGGUUGAAGAACCUUUCAACGUUGAUGGAUUUGGCUUUGUUUUUCCAAUCGGAUCACCUUUGGUUGCUGAUGUUUCAAGGGCUAUCUUAAAAGUUGCAGAGUCACCAAAGGCAAUGGAGCUUGAGAGGGCAUGGUUCAAGAAGAAAGAAGAAAGUUGUCCAGAUCCAGUCACGAAUCCAGAUCCAAAUCCAUCUUUUACCUCUAGACAGCUUGGCCUAGACAGUUUCUGGCUUCUGUUUCUUAUUGCGUUUGUUAUGUGCGUUCUAACACUCGGCAAGUUCACAGUCUGUUUCCUGUGGGAGAAUAGAGAAGAGAAUGGUUUGUGGCAAAUCUUUCACCAACCUGACAAUGUUUCGUAUAUCAAUGAGGUAGAGAUGUGUCCUUGUUCGCCAAAUCAACCCAUGCCUGGGGAAAAUCUAGCACCAGACGACCGUCAUGCAGCAGAAGACGAGAGAGAAAAUCGUUAA